CCACAGAGGAACCAGCUGAGCAGCACAGGACCACACACAGUCUCACUGAGUCAGUAGACAUGGAGGAUGGGAAGCCUGAUCUGCUGCUGGUCAAAGAGGAGACAGUAGAAGAUGGACCAGAGAGCAUUGACCUGCUGAGUGGACUUAAGAUGGGGGAGCAAGAUAAGGGAGAAAUACAUAUAGCCUCCAUACAGUAAUAUAUAUUCAAAUAGGAAUAGUGAUGCAACUGGCUUUUUUAUUUUUCUUCAUUCAGAAAAUGAAAUCAAUAGAACUUAUGUUUACAUACAAAAACACACAAUGUAUGAACUUGACCAGGUAAUUGACAAAUAAAUCUCCAUAUGUAGAGUUCUCUGCCAUGUUUAUCAAGUCUAUUUUGUCACCUCUUCCUGCAGGUGAUUGGCUGGAGGCUAACAGAGGAGACUGGGCGGCCAUCUUGGAUUCCCAGACUGGUGCAGCCAAGGGCCCGGGGGAUGACAUCACUGAGCUGGCCAGGACCAGAGGUGACAUAGUGGAGGUCAGUGGAUGGGACAGCAUCUUCAACUCUGGGCUGGGGAACAACACUGUUAACCACAACCAGAAACAGACUGUCGAACACAAAACAACCGAUCAUAGUCUCCAUGACAACAGAUUGGCUGAGACCAGGGUGAGGAGUAGAAUUGGUCUGCGGGGACAGGGAGAUGUCCGUAUGCGGCGGGAGAGAACAGACACAGACUCGGCUAGUGAUGCUCCAUCCUGCUCCUAUAGUUGUGAUUCAGAGAGACUGAUGGUGCCUCAGGUUAACCCCCUAACAGGUGCUGCCUUCAGCCUGCCUUCUAUAGGAUCUAUCAACUGGAACAUGGACCCUGAGACAACACAGAUGCUCCCUGGCCUUCGUCCUCCUCACACUCUCCUUAUGUUAAACCAGAUCUCAGACAAUGCCAGUGCCUCAACACUAAAUGGCUUCACAAGCUCAUUGACAAAUGAUAGUAGAAGUAACGCUAUCAGUAGAUCCGGUGGCAAAGAGAAGCUCUUCCCAUGUUCGUUCUGUGGGAAAGCCUUCAGUUUCCCCAAACAGGUGGAGAUCCACCAGAGGAUGCACACGGGGGAGAAACCGUUCGGCUGCCACCUGUGCCGGGCCAGUUUCUCCCACUCGUCCAGCCUGAAGAGGCACCAGAGGGUCCACACAGGUGAAAAACCCUACAGCUGCCCCCAUUGUGAGAAGAGGUUCUCCCACCAGCACCAGCUGAAGAGGCACCUGAAGGUCCACACAGGAGAGAGGCCAUUCGCCUGUACGCACUGCGGGAAGAGGUUCUCAGAGAGGAGAUACCUCAGGAUACACCAGCAGAAAAUGCACACAGACCAUGAAGAGUGUAUAGUGUAAUGUAGUACUAGUUAGUUUGUAGUUAAUUCUGUUGGUUUUGGAUGUAUAGGGAACUGGAUGAGGUGAACUGAGGAAAGAAUGAGUAUGAUGAGGCAGAGUAAAUUAUAUGGUGAUGGUUGGUGUGAUGGUGUCUGUAAAAAUGCUUCACUGAUGAAAAGUGACAACCUGUCGUGUUGUUUGAUGCUGGUGUUUUAUAAUGAAGAAAUUAUAGUGCCUUAAUUCAUGUUUAUCUGACUAAGUAUUGAACACAUUUAUUUUAGUUAUUGAACUACAGCAGGUAUAGUGGAUUUACAUUGUCACGCCCUGGCCUUAGUAUUCUUUGUUUUCUUUAUUGUUUUUAGUUAGGUCAGGGUGUGACAUGGGGAAUGUAUGUGUUUUGUAGUGUCUA